ACUAGCAUUCCUGUAUUUACGCUAUCAAGUAGGAUUGCCAAAAGAGAAGGGCAGGUAGUUUUCGCCUUCAUAACACAUUUUGAUGUAAUUCUUGCAUCUGCUGCACCAGAAUUUGCCAGAUCAAGAGCAGAAGAAGCUGAAUCGAUCCGGGAAUCCACAAAUACAAUUGGAAGCAAUCAAUCCAAUUACGGAUCUCCAUUAACAAAACAAACAUUUCCAAUCAAGUUCAGUUCCCGAGGCCUUUGAUUGAUUGAUUGAUUGGUUCGAGAUGAGUACCGGAGAGCUUCUCAGUAUCGAACCUCUAGAGCUCAAAUUUCCUUUUGAACUGAAGAAGCAGAUCUCUUGUUCUCUUCAGCUGUCUAAUAAAACUGAUCAACAUGUGGCUUUCAAGGUUAAAACAACAAAUCCGAAGAAGUAUUGCGUUCGUCCAAACACAGGCGUCGUGUUGCCUCGGUCAACAUGUGAUGUUAUAGUGACUAUGCAAGCACAAAAAGAGGCUCCUCCUGACAUGCAAUGCAAGGACAAGUUUCUCCUUCAGAGUGUAAAAGUUAAUGAGGGAGCUACAAGUAAAGAUAUAUAUCCGGAAAUGUUCAAUAAGGAGGCAGGGCAUGUUGUCCAGGAGUGCAAAUUGAGAGUGGUCUAUGUCUCUCCACCUCAGCCUCCUUCUCCUGUUCAAGAAGGAUCAGAGGAAGGGUCUUCACCCAGGGGUUCUGUGUCAGACAAUGGGAAUUUUAGUACUGCUGAGCUCUCUCUUAGUUCGAGAUCUUUUGCUGAUCGGCUUGAACCUCUGGAGAAAUCUUCAGAGGCAAGAGCUCUUAUUUCAAAGCUGACUGAGGAGAAAAAUAACGCAAUUCAACAAAACAACAAGCUUAGAAAAGAACUGGAACUUUUGAGGCGAGGCGGCAACAAGAACAGUGGUGGUGUGUCAUUCCUUUUGAUCAUCUUCAUUGGUUUGUUGGGCAUAAUCCUGGGGUAUAUCAUGAAGAAGACAUAAGCCCAUGUUUGUUGCUAGAUCAUUUUCCUUUUUUUUUUUUUCCAUCCUCUCCCCAUUUUUCCCUGAUGAAAGAAUUGAGGAUGAUGAAAUGGGAGGAAACUAAUUAGCCUAUGGUAGGGUUUUAGUUUAGCUUCUGCGGCUCGGCUUGUUGAAAUCUGAAUGAGGAUCAUUAAGUGGCUCAAAUCUUUUUAUUAACUAGCAGUAUUUUCUUGUAACUUAAAGAGGGCAAUAAUCUUGAGGGGCUCUGGGAAUGAUGCCUGCCAAGGACAGCUGAUAAUUCGAAACUUCUCGAUUUUCAUGGAAUGGUGUUCUUUUUGUUCUCAUUAGU